UUCAAGUAACACAAAAAUGUAAUUAACCUGAACUAAAGAUCAGUAUAUGACUGCAAGAAUUUAAAAUGUAAUGUAUCACACUACUUUUUGAGAAAAUUCAUUAGAUUAAUGUACUAAAUAUUCUAUGCACCCAACACUGACCUUAAUGAAACGGCAAAAACUAAAAACUUCCAAAGCUACUAAAAAUGAAAUCCUUGUGAAGCACAUCUCUUAUCACAAUACGUACAUACAUUGUUUUUCCACACAUGAUCAUUACCAAAUGAAAACAUUAGGAAUUUAAUUAAAACAAUAAAAUGCAUUAAUAUCUCUACUCAAAAUCCAUAGUUUGUAAUUCAGUGUCAAAAGUCUAAAGGGUAAAGGCUAUCCAUUAUCCAAUCACAAUUUAAUGUAAGGAUGUGAAAUUAAUUGGUAAGAGCAAUUUCUGCACAUUCACAUAAAGCACUUAAAAUGGAAGUGAAUGGGGGCCAGAUUUAUAACAUAACAAUACUCACUUUUUCAAAUAUAUAGCCACAAGUUAUAAACAAUAUGCAUGUUAACAUGAUUUUAGUGUGAUAAAAUUGCUUAAUAACCUUUUCUGUGUAAAGUUAUAGACAAUUUUGAAACCCUCCAAAAAUUGGCCUCAUUUACUUCUGUUUGUAAAUGCAUCACUGUAACCUUGAUUUUUUCUUUUUUGAAAGAAAAGGAGGGAUGAGUCAAAUACAUUUUUGUGGUAAUCAACAUUAUAACACAAAUGCUGUUGAUUAAACUUAACUUGUAUUGAACCUGGAAUAUUCCCUUAAAGAAGCUAUUUCUACCUGAUUUAACCCAUAAAAUAGUUUUGUUCAUUUUAAAUAAUAUUUUUGACUUAAACCAAACCAACUUAUUUAGAUAUUUAUUUAUUUAUUGUUUGAGUGUAGACAUCUCCCCUCUCAACUACAGCUCAAAAGGGCUCCUCCCAAAAUGUUCAAGAGGCAACCAUUGAACAGAGCAUACAAAAUGUGCUUACUCAACUUCUUGUUAGUCUUAGUACACAGUGCUUUACAAACAUUUCUUGGCUAUAUCAAAGUACACUUCAAGGGAAACAACAAAGCAGAAGCUGAGCCUAAAGGCUGAAUAUUGCAUUUGGUGUAGGAGACAACUUCAUAACCACAAAGUGUGAGAGCUAAAAUGGGUGACUAUCUAGAUUUUUAUAACGUUAGCGACUGGACGGAUGGAGAUACAAACAGCACCCUUGAACCGUUCCCCAUUGAACAGCAUGUGUCUGUGCUAGGUGCUCGCCACUGGUUCUCUCUGAUUUGCUACAGCAUUGUCUUCCUGUUAGGUGUCCCUGGCAAUGGACUUGUGGUGUGGGUUACUGCAUUCCGAAUGCCCAACUCUGUAAACGCACAGUGGUUUAUGAAUCUGGCCAUUGCAGAUCUGUUGUGUUGCUUAUCCCUCCCUCUGCUGAUGGUACCACUUUCCCAGGACCAGCACUGGCCAUUUGGUCCAUUGGCAUGCAAAGUAGUACACAGUCUGUUGUACAUGAUGAUGUACUGCAGUGUUCUGCUCCUGACCGUGAUCAGCUUGGACCGCUUUCUGCUGGUGACCAAACCUGUGUUGUGCCAGAACCGGAGGCAUCCGAGGCAAGCCAGGUGGACCUGUUUGGUGAUUUGGAUGCUGGCACUCUUAGGAAGCUCUCCUCAGUUUGUUUAUAUGAAGACAAAGCAAGAACAUUUCACACUCAAAACAUUGUGCGUUAGUGUCCACGAUAGCCUUGGUUCCGCAUGGGCUGUGACCCUUGUACGUUUUUUUCUGUCUUUUCUGUUACCUUUCUCGAUAAUCUGUGUCAGCCAUUGGAAGGUGCUCAAGAUGACAAGAACCGGGCAUGGAAGAAAAGGCAAUGAAAAGUCAGCCCGCACGCUGCAUGUAAUCUUUGCUUUGGUGUUUAGCUUCUUCCUAUGCUGGAUUCCUCUUCACAUUGUGGAUUUUCUUCAAUUGAUUACAUACAACCAAUCAGUAAACUUACACACCAACCUGCGUCUAGCCCAUGUGUUAGCGCUCUGCUUGGCUUACAUUAACAGCUGCCUCAAUCCUCUGCUCUAUGUAUGUCUUGGACGUGGUUUUAAAAAAAAUCUUAUUAGCUCGCUGCGUAGUGUGCUCCACUUUGCAUCCGAGGCACCACGCAGUGGAAUGAGUUUUACUGCAAGCAGUAAGACAACCACAACUGGCAACACUAGCAUGAUCAGGGAGAAACCUAUGUGAAACUUUUUCUAUACAAGUGGAUGUAAACAAGAAGCUCUUAUAAACCUGCGGAGAUCAAUUUGCUAGCGUUCCCAUUCAUCUAAAUAGGAGUUGCUCAUUCAAUUCUGGAAGUAUGCAACCUGGAUGUAAGUGCCAUGACUGAUCUGCUAUGACUGAAUCAAUACAGCUGACAGGACAAAUAAAAGUAAAUUAUAAUUUGGAUAAAAGCAUCUGCCAAAUGCAUGAAUGUAAAUGUAACUGCAUGCUAACGAGCUUGACUAAUCACUUGAGGAUGGUGAGGAGGGAUAAAGCGAUAAAACAGUCUGUUUAGUUGUGCACAUGAUUCUGAAAACCUUUAAUUAAACCAGAUUUAGGAAACAGUAUUUUUAUUUGCAAGUACAUCAAAAUAAGUAAGAUGGUGCAACGCUCAAAUAUUUAGUAUUGCGUAAAUUGUGACUUAGUGUCCAUUUACGAUAGGCUAGGCUAAGUUGCAACGUACGUAUAGCUGGUGCAUCCGGCCAAAUGUAGCUUAAUGUAACAGCACUCCAUGGCAACUGAGAACAAUACAGAAAGUUGUGCAAUUAACAGUAUUCAUACUACUUAUAACAUCUACUAUAAUGCAGUGUAUUAUAAUAGUUUUGUUUGCGUUAGUAUGACUACCAUUUUGCUACUGUAUAUCUUACUGCUUAUCAAAAUUCCCUUAAUAUUCACUUAUUGAUAUAAUCUGUUUGAUCUUUGUUUUACCAUUUGAAUUAUGUAUUGACUGAAAGCAUGAAAUAAACAGCAAAGUUUGAAUUUUGA